UCCUCCCGUUCGCCUAGAGGUGUUGUUGGGACGCAAUGCCUGAGCCAGCGAAGUCCGCUCCCGCCCCGAAGAAGGGCUCCAAGAAGGCGGUGACCAAGGCGCAGAAGAAGGACGGCAAGAAGCGCAAGCGCAGCCGCAAGGAGAGCUACUCGGUGUACGUGUACAAGGUGCUGAAGCAGGUGCACCCCGACACGGGCAUCUCGUCCAAGGCCAUGGGCAUCAUGAACUCGUUCGUCAACGACAUCUUCGAGCGCAUCGCGGGCGAGGCGUCGCGCCUGGCGCAUUACAACAAGCGCUCGACCAUCACGUCCCGGGAGAUCCAGACGGCCGUGCGCCUGCUGCUGCCCGGGGAGCUGGCCAAGCACGCCGUGUCCGAGGGCACCAAGGCCGUCACCAAGUACACCAGCUCCAAGUAAAUUUGUUCACCA